AUGCAGGAUGCUGUGACUCACUUGGAAAGAUGUGCUGUGCAGCCGAAUAAAAUGGAGCUGAAUGCUAAAAAGACCAAAGAUAUGUGGAUCACCUUCAAAAAGUCCUGUCAAAUUCCUGCUCCUAUUAAUAUCGGGCCUACUGAGCUGGAGAGGGUUUCAGAGUUUAACCUACUGGGUGUAUAUGUACAGAAAGAUCUCAAGUGGAAUACACAUGUCUCGAGUAUUGUCAGCAAAGCGUGUAAACGGAUUCACUAUCUUAGGGUCUGUAGAACAGCCCGUCUCCCCAGGGACAUUGGUCUUACAACUUACAUCACUAAGAUUAGACCUGUUUUAGAAUAUGCCUCGCCUGUCUGGGGAGGGCUGCCCAUUUACCUCGAAGAAGAUCUACAGAGAGUGCAGAAUAGAUGUCUGAAUGUCAUUGGUCUCCCUAGGGAUUCUGUUGAGUCACUUGUAACUAGGCGUCAGAAUUUGACGAGGAAAGAAUUUAAACGUAUCCUAGAAUCUGAAGCACAUCCUUGUAAACGUUUUUUAGAAAAGCCAGUGGAUCAUGGCCAUAAUCUAAGAUCUUGUAAGACUAACCCAGCGCACCUCAGAAUACCUGUAUCACGCACUGUUAGGCACAAACAAUCAUUUGUUCCUAGGGGUGCUAAACUUAACUUGAUUUGA